AUGCGGGCAAACGGGGGCGGCGGGGGAGGGGGAAUACGGGCAAACGGGGGCGGCGGGGGAGGGGGAAUACGGGCAAACGGGGGCGGCGGGGGAGGGGGAAUACGGGCAAACGGGGGCGGCGGGGGAGGGGGAAUACGGGCAAACGGGGGCGGCGGGGGAGGGGGAAUACGGGCAAACGGGGGCGGCGGGGGAGGGGGAAUACGGGCAAACGGGGGCGGCGGGGGAGGGGGAAUACGGGCAAACGGGGGCGGCGGGGGAGGGGGAAUACGGGCAAACGGGGGCGGCGGGGGAGGGGGAAUACGGGCAAACGGGGGCGGCGGGGGAGGGGGAAUACGGGCAAACGGGGGCGGCGGGGGAGGGGGAAUACGGGCAAACGGGGGCGGCGGGGGAGGGGGAAUACGGGCAAACGGGGGCGGCGGGGGAGGGGGAAUACGGGCAGUCGACGCCCUCAGGCAGUCGACGCCCUCAGGCAGUCGACGCCCUCAGGCAGUCGACGCCCUCAGGCAGUCGACGCCCUCAGGCAGUCGACGCCCUCAGGCAGUCGACGCCCUCAGGCAGUCGACGCCCUCAGGCAGUCGACGCCCUCAGGCAGUCGACGCCCUCAGGCAGUCGACGCCCUCAGGCAGUCGACGCCCUCAGGCAGUCGACGCCCUCAGGCAGUCGACGCCCUCAGGCAGUCGACGCCCUCAGGCAGUCGACGCCCUCAGGCAGUCGACGCCCUCAGGCAGUCGACGCCCUCAGGCAGUCGACGCCCUCAGGCAGUCGACGCCCUCAGGCAGUCGACGCCCUCAGGCAGUCGACGCCCUCAGGCAGUCGACGCCCUCAGGCAGUCGACGCCCUCAGGCAGUCGACGCCCUCAGGCAGUCGACGCCCUCAGGCAGUCGACGCCCUCAGGCAGUCGACGCCCUCAGGCAGUCGACGCCCUCAGGCAGUCGACGCCCUCAGGCAGUCGACGCCCUCAGGCAGUCGACGCCCUCAGGCAGUCGACGCCCUCAGGCAGUCGACGCCCUCAGGCAGUCGACGCCCUCAGGCAGUCGACGCCCUCAGGCAGUCGACGCCCUCAGGCAGUCGACGCCCUCAGGCAGUCGACGCCCUCAGGCAGUCGACGCCCUCAGGCAGUCGACGCCCUCAGGCAGUCGACGCCCUCAGGCAGUCGACGCCCUCAGGCAGUCGACGCCCUCAGGCAGUCGACGCCCUCAGGCAGUCGACGCCCUCAGGCAGUCGACGCCCUCAGGCAGUCGACGCCCUCAGGCAAUCGACGCCCUCAGGCAGUCGACGCCCUCAGGCAGUCGACGCCCUCAGGCAGUCGACGCCCUCAGGCAGUCGACGCCCUCAGGUAGUCGACGCCCUCAGGUAGUCGACGCCCUCAGGUAG